CUUGGUUGCGUUCUUGACGUGCCAGUGCGGGUCAGGGAAUGAAACCUCAGUCUUCCUCUGGUGGGAACUCGAGGAACUCGACCGGUUCUUUCUCACUACCUUCCUAAUGCUGUUGGUGUUUUCUGGCCGUUUCCGGCUUGCCACUUGUCGAGAUUGACUCACAAUGCCCUGCCUCCGAGGCAUCGAGGUCUUCCUGACCACAAAACCCGACGACGAGCGGAUCCCGGAAUACCCGCAUCAUGAUGGCGCAUAUGCCAGAAUUCUCGAGAAUACUCGGGGUAGUCCCAACCGCAGAACCGGCCCGACUGUUUCGGUUUACAUACCCUCUAUUCCUGCUACUCCGUUUGCCGUCAACUACAAUGUCAACAAUGCGCCGCUUGCCCCUUGCAAGUACAUCUUCUUCCGCCUCUACAUGAAUGGCCGGCCCAUUGCGGCCUGGGGCAUAGACCCGAAGGCCCGCCCCAGUGGCAAGGUCGUCAAGUCGCUGUGGGCACCAUGUGCGUUAUACGAUGACCAAGUUGGAUUUGAGGGACGCAACUUUGUGUUCCUGCCUGGACAGGAGCACAAGUCCGUGGCCGAAGACGGCGGUCUCAUCGAGAUACAGGUCUUCCGCGCAAAGGAGAGGAGGGCUCGAGCACCGAGAGUGGAAGAGUUUCGAUUUCAGGAUAACUAUGGGAUUGCUGCCCCUAGCAUUGGCCUUCUAGAUCAACCACAAGAUGCGUGCUUCUACGACUGGCACCUCUUGGACGCGAAGGACGCGCCAUUUGCGUCUUUUAGGCUUCACUAUCGUUCGUUGAAGAACCUUCAGGAGCUGAACCUCAUCCCGGCAACCGAACUUGAGCUUCUCUGUUCUCUCUCGCCGAAGGCGCUCAGAAGUAUCGCCGAAGCAAACCAUAGCUCAAAGGGAUCAGACAACGGAUCAGAACCUCCGUCAUACCGAUCAAGGACCUCGGACGAGGCGGUGUUUCACGAUUGUGGCGAGAACCUUGCUGCCGGAGAACAAGGCCGCGACGGCGCAACACAGUACUCUCUCAAGACUCCGCCGGAGCUUUUUCCAGCAGUGCCAGCCAGCUUCCGAGUCCCUCAGCCAAGUAAGGCGCUGAGAGACGCAUCUGGCGAGUCAUAUUUGCAACGUCCCCUGCCAGAGCUCCCAGUAGAAGAGCCUCGGAGGUUCUCAAGACCAUCUUCUGUGGGGUCUGCUGGAUCUGCCACCUUCUCGAUAACCCCUUCGCUUCUCCAGGAAGUUGAAGAAGGACGUCUAUAUUCUGGCGACGUUGAAGUCGGUAUCGCACGACUGGUUCAGCUCCCACCGUCCAACUCGACCCUCAGCACCAAUCCUGAUGACGAGCCGCAUCCUGCGGACUACUCGAUUUCGGACUACGACGCAUCUUCGAAUUCCGCGACUGACUCUUUCUCCGAUGCGAAACUUUCUCCUGGCCGUUAUUUGCCUACAACUGGCAGCGUUCUAGAACGAGGCAUCGCCCUUUUUAGCUCGCCCAAGAAGACAACGUCGCCCGAGGCAUCGAUUUCCAGGCAGUCUUCGCCGUGCGAUUUCUAUUCGAAGCAAGAUCUUUUUCCAUUGGAGCGGAUGACCCUCAGCGAGUCGGAAUGGAUUAACCGCAGUCCUUCGCCGGCUCGGAUGCGGGCGGCUACCCUUGCUGCUCGCCGUGACGAUAGUCCCGGGACAGACCGCGGAGGCGGUGGGUCGCUGUUCGCGAGGCUUCGCAAGAAGAGCUUCAAGGGGUCGCCCCGUAAGUUGUUGGGCGAAGUGCUCGGUCACGAUGUGCCCAAGUCAGGUGAGCGUGGCAAUGCUGUUCAGCGGGGCAUGGGAGACCGGAACUGAAGCGGCCGCGGCUGCGGCCGGCAGUGUCGCUGGUCUAAUUUGACAGUGCAUACACUCAAUGCUCUGGCCGUGAUGAACGGGUUGAGGCUAGGCUGAUCCUGCCUCAAUGGAUGUGGCACGUUUAUCAGGGUGCUUAAG